UAACACCCUAAUCACAUUUAAUAUCAACUGUGUUUUUUUCCCCAUGCAGUUCUGUUUCUUCUUUCCACUCACAUUCACUUCAGAAUAAGUGAAAGCCAUGGGUAAAGCUUCAAUCACUCUCCCUUAUCCAUAGCAGAAAGCCAGGUCACAUGUCCGUGCGGGAAUAAUGGCUGCACAGGAACCAUCACCACCAUCUUCAUUAGAAGGCAACAAACCCGGAUUCCCCAAGAAAAUACUGGCCAACAAGCUUGAGGACAAGCAUUUGUGUAAUAUUUGUCAGAAAAUUUUAAGAAGGCCUUUCCAAGCCCAAUGUGGUCAUCGUUUCUGUUCAUACUGUUUUAACAAAACUGUGAGUUCUGGACCACAGAAAUGCAGUGCUUGUAUUAAAGAAGAGAUUUUUGAGGAACCAACAUCCAUUCUUAAACAAGGCUGUGCUUUUCCUGACAACGCAGCGAGAAGAGAGGUAGAGGCUCUAGCAGCGGUUUGUCUUAAUGAAGGCUGUUCUUGGACGGGCAGCAUUAAAGAAUACGAGCUUACCCACGAAGGAAAGUGUGACUAUAUGAUCAUCUCAUGUCCCUCCUGUAAAGAACUUCUCCGGGCUAAUGAGCUGGAACGGCACAAUGAGCGAGAAUGCCCGGAAAGAACAUUGAAUUGCAAAUACUGCAAAGAACCUUUUCAAUUUAAAGAUAUCAAGGCUCACGAUGAAAUAUGUCCAAAAUACCCAAUGAUAUGUGAAGGAUGUGCCAAGAAAAAGAUUCCCAGAGAAAAGUAUGUGGACCACAUCAAGCUCUGUACUAAAUUUAGAGCACCCUGCAGAUUUCAUGUGGUGGGCUGCGAUAUGUCA